CGCAGGGUGGCGGCCCGCGGCGGCGAUGAGGGUGCUGGUGCGACGCUGCUGGGGGCCCCGGCCAGUGGGAGGCGGCGUGGGCCGGGGGCCGAGCCCCCAGUGGCGAGCGCUGGCCGGGCUCCGCGGGGAGGACGGCCGGGGCCCCCGAGUCCGCGAGAAGCCGCCCUGGCGGGUGCUCUUCUUCGGCACCGACCAGUUCUCCCGCGAGGCGCUGCGGGCGCUGCACGCCGCCAGGGAAAACAAAGAAGAAGAGUUAAUCGAGAAACUGGAGGUGGUCACAGUGCCUUCCCCAUCGCCGAAAGGCCUGCCAGUGAAGCAGUAUGCCGUCCAGGCUCAGCUGCCCGUGUACGAGUGGCCAGAUGUGGGAUCUGGAGAAUAUGAUGUGGGAGUGGUCGCUUCAUUUGGCCGACUUUUGAGUGAGGCUCUUAUUCUUAGAUUUCCCUAUGGCAUAUUGAAUGUCCAUCCCAGUUGCCUCCCAAGGUGGCGUGGUCCAGCCCCUAUAAUCCAUACUGUGCUUCAUGGAGACACAAUUACUGGAGUAACAAUUAUGCAAAUCAGACCUAAAAGAUUUGAUGUAGGUCCGGUUCUCAAACAGGAAACCAUUCCUGUGCCCCCCAGGAGCACCGCCAAGGAGUUGGAAGUAGUGCUGUCAAGACUGGGCGCCAGCAUGCUUAUUUCAGUUUUGAAAAAUUUGCCUGAAAGUUUGAACAAUGGAAGGCAGCAGCCAACUGAGGGGGUGACAUAUGCCCCUAAGAUUUCUGCUCGUACCAGCUGUAUAAAAUGGGAGGAACAAACUUCAGAGGAAAUAUUCAGACUUCAUCGUGCCAUUGGAAAUAUAAUUCCAUUACAGACGCUCUGGAUGGAUAACACCAUUAAACUUCUGGAUUUGGUAGAAGUUAAUAGUUCAGUCCUCACUGAUCCAAAAUUUACAGGACAGGCUGUUAUUCCAGGAUCCAUAAUAUACCACAAACAGUCACAAAAACUUCUGGUUUGUUGCAAGGAUGGCUGGAUUGGUGUUCGGUCAGUGAUGCUCAAGAAAACACUAACAGCUACUGAUUUCUACAAUGGAUAUUUGCACCCCUGGCACCAGAAAAAUUCCCAAGCUCAUCCAAGUCAAUGCAGAUUUCAGACUCUCAGACUUCCAACAAAGAAGCGGGGGGAGAAAAUUGUUGCUAUGCAACAGGGCACUAAGUAGUUUAGGAAGAAGAUAGAUAAGACCUAUUACAUAUUUGUAAUUUAUUAAAAGCCUUAUUCAUAAGGAAUUACUUUGAUUUUCAAGGAAUAUGACACUGUUGGAGAAGAGAAGAUUAUUAUCCAAAAGAUUAAUUACCUCACUUCCUGUUUUUUGUUUGACAAUAGUUAAAAACUUUUCUAGCCGGGUGAUGUGGCUCAGUGGUUGAGCCAAGUGGUCACGGUUCAAUUCCUGGUCAGGGCACAUGCCCAGGUUGUGGGCUCAAUCCCCAGUGUGGGGCAUGCUGGAGGCAGCCGAUCAAUGAUUCUCUCUCAUCAUUGAUGUUUCUAUCUCUCUCCCUCUUCCUUCCUCUCUGAAAUAAA